CGCUGUCACCGCGUCGCUUCGUCCUCCCCGCCGCCAGGUGGCGCUCGUCUCUUCCGCGCUCCGCCUCCCCGCGGCCUCGCACCGCCGCCGUCCGCCGCGGGUGCUGCUGGGAGUUGGAGUCCCGGGCGGGGGCGGCAGCAGCGGGGAGCGGCGCGGCCAUGAGGAGGGUGAGCAGCAACGUGUGCAGCGAUGAGCUGCUGCUGGAGGAGCUGGAGACGGAGGGGGAGAGGCAGCUGAAGAGCCUCCUGCAGCAGCAGCUCGACACUUCGGCCUCCAUCGAGCGGUGUAAGUCGAAGCGGAGGUGCUUCGCUCCGGCUGCGUUCUACAGACCCUUCGGGGAGGCGGCGGCGGGGGCCCUGACCCUGUCCCAGUUCCGAGCGCUGCAGGAAAGCGACAAAGAAACCGCGGCGCUGCGGGAGCUGGGGCUGUCGGACCCCGAGAUCGCGCUAUGGAGGAACCGCGCUGCGGGGAAGCGCUCCGGGUUGGGAGCGGCCCCCGAGGCCACGCAGGAGCGCCUGGAUGCCAUCCGGGAGAAGAUGGACGAGAGGCAGCGCAUCCUGGCACUGCCCCAGCGGUUCGCGGGCAGCAAGCAGCUGAGCCGCAGGGAGAUGGAGAUCGAGAACGCUCUCUUCCAAGGAACGGACCGCCACUCCUUCCUGCGGGCGCUCUACCACCAAGAUGACACUCAGAGGAUAAGAGAUGAGAAGGACCCCAUGGUUCACCUGGAGAGUGUUUACCAAGAGGUGCUGGGCAAGCAGCUGCCUGGAGAGGUCCAACCAAGCACAAGUGCCGCGUGCUCGCUGCCUGCCCCCGCCCUGCAGGGCUCUGUCACUGAGGAGUCAUCACCUCCUGACCAGGAAGAGCAGCCAGGCCAGGAAGGAAGCCCCAGCCCUCCUCCAGCAAAACCCCACCAACCCCCGCCAGGGCCCGUGACUAUAAAGGAGCCCGUGGAGUUCAUCCCAGAGGAGGAGAUCUGCAAGAACCGGCUCUCGGAGGAGGAACUCCGCAAUAUACCUCGGUUUUCUUCCUACCAUCCUGGGGAGCCCAACAAGGUGCUGUACGUGAAGAACUUGGGCCCUCGUGUGACGAUGAAGGAGCUGGUGUCGCUGUUCGCCCGGUUCCAGCAGGAGGGCAGCGCGCCCAUCCAGUUCCGCCUGCUGAGCGGCCGGAUGCGGGGUCAGGCCUUCAUCACCUUCCCUGAUAUUCAGUCGGCCCAGGAUGCGAUGCUCUUGGUGAACGGGUACAGGCUGCAGGGGAAGCCGCUGGUGAUCGAAUUUGGGAAAAGCAAGGGGCAGUCGACAGCGGCUGAGGCUGCUGCUCCCUGCUGCUCUGCUGCAGCUGUGCCCCCUGCCACGUAAGGGCUGGAGGAGUGGGACCUUGUGGACUUGAAGUGGCCCCCAGAUCACCUGGCUCAGGACUGGUGGGAGCUAAUGUGCAGCUCUGUGCACCUGCAGCAGGAGGGCCAGGGCUGAAUGCAGCCUUAGAGGGCAGUGCUGAGGAAGUGCUGCUCUCCUGUGACAUGUGAGGAUCUUCAUGAGGGCUCGGGCUCUGCUCUCUUCGUGUGCUGUUCUGACACUGCUGUUGGGGUGCUCUCCCCAUCUGCGUUCUCAGCCCUUUGGGGCAAGGAAGAGGAGGGGAAGCUGUGUGAAUAAAUGUGUUUACGUGGUGUUUGCAUCUUUA